GUUCAGCAGUGAGGUGUUUGUCGGGCUUGGUACUGUAAGGAUGGCCCUGCCGCUCCGUCUCACGCUCCUGCUUCUCGUUUUGGGCUUUAUCUACCAGCCCGCCAGCAGUGUCUCUAUGGGCAAACUGGCCAACAGCAAGCUCUGCGCAGACAAGGAUUGCUCAUAUGCCAUAUCAAUGGCCAGUGCAAUCAACGACUUCACUGCUCCUGACUGCAGAUUCAUCAACAUCAAGAAGGGCCAGAUGAUCUUCAUAUACUCCAAACUGAUACCUGACGAGGGUGCUGGAGACUUCUGGUCUGGAAGUGUUUACGGUGAGCGCUAUGUGGACCAGAUGGGAAUCAUCGGCUAUUUCCCCAAGAACCUGGUGACCGAGACUCAAGUGUAUAAGGAGAGCACAGUGGAGAUCCCCACAACAGACAUGGAUUUCUAUUGUGUUUAAACUUAAGAAGGGGACAACGCAUCACAUUUGCCAAGCUCAUGUA